UGUCCCGAAGUCCGUCUACUGUCUACACCAUAAAUUCGCCAUUAAAGCCCCUUUUUUUUCUCCCUCCCUCUCUAUCUCUCUCUAGUCUCUGCAAUUACAUAAACUUUAUUGGCAAUGAAAGUCCCAUCUUCUUCCUGAUGCUAUGACUUACGGUCCCCGUUUUUCUUCCUGAUAUUAUGACUUAACGGGUUUAUGAAGCUGUAGCUAUGGAGCUGAAAUGGGUUUUUUGUCGGAAACAAGCACUGCUCUUGAUUUCUUGUCUGACUCUGCUUUAUCUCGCGUCCUUGGAUACUAUAUCGAGCGAAUCAACUCAGAAUGCUAGUGAUUUCAAGAAAAGAUCCUACAAAGUUACUUGCCCUACCAAUUGGGUCAUUGGACUGAAUGAAACGAAAUGCUAUGCACACUUCAGAAACUCUACUUCAUGGGAGAAGUCAGAGAUGUUCUGCAGAACCUAUGGCGGUCACUUAGCAUCGCUUGUAUCGAACAAAGAGCUUAGCUUUGUUCAAAAACUAUGCGGUGGAAACGCUAGCAGUUGUUGGAUCGGAGGAAAAAGCCUGAAUUCUUCUACUUUCCAUUGGAGCUGGUCGGAUCCUAAGACUCCUCAAUGGAACCAAUCCGUGUUUCCUAAAGUGCCAAUUCGAACACGAUGUGGCAAUGACAAUUCAUUUUGUCGUGCUGCUAAUAUCUGUCUAGCCGUGACAAACGGUUCAUUGCCAAUCUUUGGUGAAAGAUGUAAUGCGUCUCAUGCUUUCAUUUGCGCAGUUGAUUCUGAUUUAAAAUGUCGCAAUUGUCAUGGUGAAUAUCAAAUCAUCCUCCUAGUUGUAAGCGGUUUAAUUCUCUUGACCACAUUCGCCAUUAUACUAUGGUUCCUUAUCUACAAACGGAGCAAGAAACGCAGGAAAUCACGGAAAGUAUCGAAUCCAGCUUCGUCUUCUUCAGCUUUAGUUCCUCCCUCGUGGAAGAUAUUCACAAGCGAAGAACUGAGAUCAAUGACCAAGAAUUUCAGCGAAGCAAACCGACUCGCUGGAGAUGCUAAAACCGGUGGAACCUAUAGCGGCGGUUUAGUAGAUGGAACGAAAGUGGCGGUUAAGAGAUUGAAAAGGUCGAGUUUUCAGAGGAAGAAAGAGUUCUACUCAGAGAUUAGAAGAGCCGCUAAGCUUCAUCACCCUAAUGUAGUGGCCAUCAAAGGUUGUUGCUAUGAUCAUGGAGACAGGUUUAUUGUUUAUGAGUUCAUAGCCAGUGGUCCACUCGACAGGUGGCUGCACCAUGUGCCUAGAGGUGGUAGGAGCUUAGACUGGAACAUGAGAUUGAACAUUGCCACUACUCUUGCUCAAGGAAUCGCGUUUUUACACGACAAGGUUAAGCCGCAAGUGGUGCACCGUGACAUACGAGCAAGCAAUGUGCUGCUCGACGAGGACUUUGGAGCUCAUCUAAUGGGCGUUGGGCUCUCAAAGUUCGUACCUUGGGAAGUGAUGCAAGAGAGAACCGUAAUGGCUGGUGGGACCUACGGUUACCUUGCACCCGAAUACGUUUACAGAAACGAGCUCACCACGAAGAGCGAUGUCUACAGCUUUGGAGUCCUUUUGCUUGAGAUUGUGAGCGGUCGCAGACCGACUCAGGCGGUUAAUUCAUCGGUUGGGUGGCAGAGCAUAUUCGAAUGGGCCACACCGUUGGUUCAGGCAAGCCGGUGGUUAGAGCUUCUUGAUCCGGUUAUAACGUGUGGUUUACCGGAAGCGAGUGUGGUUCAGAAAGUUGUGGACUUGGUUUAUUUUUGUACUCAGAAUGUGCCAUCGAUGCGUCCUAGGAUGUCUCAUGUGGUUCAUCAGCUUCAACAAUUGGUCCCACCACCUUCAGAGAUUAAUUAGUUC